AUGGCUCCGUACGAGGCAUUAUAUGGUUGUAGGUGUCGUACUCCUACCUGUUGGGCUGAGUUGGACGAGCGACGAGUUCUGGGGUCAAAGUUGGUUUCUGUUACUAAAGAGAAGAUAAAACUGAUUCGAGACCGAUUGAAGGAAGCAUCUGAUAGGCAGAAGUCUUACACAGAUCUUAAACGCGAGAGAUUUAGUAUUCUGUGGGGGACUACAUUUUUCUUAAGGAUCAUUGAGCCUUGCCGUAUACUGAAGCGUGUGGGACCGGUCGCCUAUCAACUUGAGUUACGUCCAGAAUUAGACUGGAUUCACGAUGUGUUUUACGUCUCCAUGCUGAGGCGUUAUCGCUUUGAUCCUACACACAUAGUGUCAGUCGAGGAGAUCGAGGUUAGGCCAGAUCUAACCUUCGAGGAGGGGCCAGUACAGAGAUUGGACCAUGAGGUUAAAGUACUGAGGAAGAAAUCUAUUCCAUUAGUCAAAGUGCUUUGGUAUAAUCACAGUUCAGAAGAGGCUACGUGGGAACUUGAAUAG